AUGAAGUUCAUGUCCAAAUCACAUAACCAAGAUCCUAGCAAUUGCUAUACAUUGUUCAUCAAUGAUGCUCGAGCGACCUUUACACAGGGCCGCAAGUUCCCAAAUAAUUAUAUCAGGACGACCAAGUAUACACUGAUCACAUUCAUCCCCAAGAACCUGUUUGAGCAGUUCAGAAGACUCUCCAACUUUUAUUUCCUUUGUGUUCUUGUCAUCCAACUGGUGCCACAAGUAUCUCCACUCCUGCCCCUAACAAGUAUCCUACCACUUGCAUUUGUACUAUUAAUUACCGCCAUCAAAGAAGCCUUGGAAGAUUAUUCAAGGUACCAAUCAGACAAGAAGAGUAAUAGAGAGGUAUAUAAUAUCGUAAAGGAUGGUGACUUGGUACCAGUGUACAGUCAAGACUUGAGGGUGGGAGACAUCGUCAAGAUCUCGAACGGCCAACGAUUCCCCGCCGAUCUCGUAUUGCUCAGUGCAACGAAUGACGAGGGCAUCUGCUAUGUGGAGACAUCCAACUUGGACGGUGAGACCAACCUCAAGGUGAGGAAGUCGAUCCCCGACACGCACACACACCAGACGCUCGAGCAGAUCUCCUCGAUUCGCGGCAGCAUCGUCUACGAGACGCCCAACGAGCGACUGUACCGUUUCAAUGGCCGUCUGGUGCUGCAACCAAGCGAGGGCGUUGUGCACUCGCUCAACCACACUAUGUUCCUGCAGCGUGGCUCGCAGCUGCGUAACACCAAGCACGUGUUUGGCAUCAUCGUGUACACAGGAGUCGACACCAAGCUCUACCUGAACCAGCAGCCGCCUCCCUCCAAGUUCUCGACAGUCGAGAAGUUCAUGAACAGACUGAUCCUCUACGUGUUCAUCUUCCAGAUCUGUAUCUGUCUGAUCUGUUCAGUGGCCAGCAGCUUCUACGAGGAGACCGUCGGUCUGCUGCUGCCCUACCUUGGCGAGAACCCGCUGCCCGUCGCCACAUAUGGUGUCCGUAACUUCUUCACCUACUUCAUUCUGUUCAACACGAUGAUCCCCAUCUCGCUGUGGGUCACGCUCGAGGUCGUCAAGAUGGGCCAGGCCAAGUUCAUGGAGUGGGACCAUCACAUGCGCGCCAAGGUCGACCGCAAGGACAUCACAGAGAGCCACUGCAAGGCCAAGACGUCCAACCUCAAUGAGGACCUGGGUCGCAUCGAACACAUCUUCUCGGACAAGACUGGUACGCUCACAGAGAACGUUAUGAACUUCUGCAAGUGCUCGAUCGGACAUGAUAUCUACGACGAGAAGGAGACACCAGGCGGCCUGUUUGGCGCCAUGGACAUGCGUGGCACAGGUGGCGCCAAGGCCGCACGUGUGCAGUCAUUCCUGCGCAUCAUCGCACUUUGCCACACAGUCAUCCCCGAGAUUGACGAGAACACAGGCGAGAUCAUCUACCAGGCCCAGUCCCCAGAUGAGCUGGCCCUUGUCCACACGGCCAAGGCCAACGGCCACGUGUUCCUCUCAAGAAAGACCGAUGAGAUGAUCGUCAAGGAGAACGGACAGGAGACUCGCUACGCCCUUUUGGCCACGCUCGAGUUCUCAUCGUCCCGUCGUCGUAUGUCGGUGAUCGUGCGCACACCCGAGGGCACCAUCAAGUUGCUAUGCAAGGGUGCCGACAUGGCCAUCUCGUGCAGACUAAACACCCGCGACAGCCGCAACAACCACCGUGACGAGACCAUGGACUACCUGAGGACUUUCUCACGUGAGGGAUUCCGUACGUUGAUGCUGGCAGAGCGCGAGCUGACCGAGAUGGAGUUCAACGAGUGGCGCGAGUCCUUCCUUCAGGCCAACACAGCCAUUGACAACCGUGAAGAGCGUGUCGAGUCGGUGUGCGAGCUGAUCGAGAAGGACAUGACCCUGGUUGGCACGACGGCCAUUGAGGACAAGCUACAGCACCACGUUCCCGAGACCAUCAACUACCUGCUCGAGGCCGGCCUGCACAUCUGGGUUCUAACAGGCGACAAGCAAGAGACCGCCGUCAACAUUGGUUACUCCUGCAAGUUGUUCGACCCAGCAAUGGAGCUGAUCUUCAUCAACACUGAGACAUCUGAGGAGUGUGGCCAGAUCCUUGACCGUUACAUUGCGCUGCUCCCACCCGAGGUUGAGGAAGACACGGGUGUUAUUACCGCUGCUUCGUCCGGUGUGCUGGCCCCCGAGCUCGUGAUUCCCCAGCUCUCCACAGACUAUGGCAUGGUUAUCGAUGGACACACUCUGGCCUUUGCCUUGCACGACCACCGCGACAAGUUCCUGCGACUGGGUCGUGCAUGCAAGUCAGUGAUCUGUUGCCGUGUGACCCCGCUCCAGAAGGCUCUGGUGGUACGUGUCGUCAAGCAGGCUGAGCGCAAGGUGUCGCUGGCCAUUGGUGAUGGUGCCAACGAUGUGUCGAUGAUCCAAGAGGCGCACGUCGGUGUCGGUAUCUUUGGUAUGGAGGGUACACAGGCUGCUCGCGCGUCCGACUAUGCCAUCCAUCAAUUCUCGCAUCUCAAACGUCUACUCUGUGUCCAUGGCCGUUACUCAUACAUCCGUGUGUCGGGUCUGCUCCAGUACUCAUUCUACAAGAACAUGUGCUUCACGCUCUGCCUGUUCUGGUUCUCGUUCUCCGACCUGUUCUCGGGCCAGACUCUGUUCGACUCGUGGAUCAUCACAUUCUUCAACAUCCUGUUCACAUCGGUGCCACCAUUUGUCUACGGCCUGAUGGAGAAGGACAUUGACGAGGCGUCCAUCAUGGAGAACCCGCAUCUCUAUCGCCAGUUGCAGCACUCCAACGUGCUGACCAAGAAGACGUUCCUCGUCUGGAACAUCGCAGCUCUUUGGCACUCGCUUACCAUCUACUUUGGCGUGCGUCUGUUGUUUGCCAAUGAGAUCAUGGGACCAGGCGGCAUGACCUCAGGCAUCUGGUCGUACGGCACUCUCAUCUCCACCAUCGCCAUCCUUGUCGUAAACUUCAAGAUUGCCCUCGAGACCAAGUCCUGGACAAUCUUUAGCAUCGGAUCAAUCCUGCUCUCAUUCCUUGCCUUCUUCAUCAUGCUUAUCCUCUACGCCAUGUUCCUUCCACUCAACUCUAACAUGUUUGAUGUGUUCAGUGUACAACUCAAGACUCUCACAUAUCAUCUAUGUGUCAUUAUCCUUGUGAUUAUCUCACUCAUUCCAGACUUUAUCAUCAAGUAUUACUCGUUGCAAUAUUAUCCAGAGGAUGUACAGAUACUUAGAGAGAAGAGAUGUCUUAAGAACAAAGAGAUACAAAUGAAGGAGAUGAGCAAUGAUGGAGGCAAGGGCCAUCACCACAACCAACGAAGACCAACAACCACUGUAUAA